AUGCUGUAUCAAGUCUACAUAAGUUCCCCGCAAAAGAUAAUUGAAAACAUUCCCUAUUAUAUUCACAACAUGCCAUAUAAAUCCCGCUGGACAAUCGAUAUCCCAGACACCCAUUUAGCCUCUCUUCUCUUCCAAUCGCCCACAGCAUCUCUCUCCAAAACACACAAAUCUUACUUGGAAGCAGCCCGUCCAGAAACCCACUGCCUCACCACCCAUGAUCUCCGCCUCUGGAGCCAGCGGCUCGCCGCCGGCCUACGCAAAUCCGGCCUACAGCCAGGAGACCGCGUCCUCCUCUUCUCAGGCAACGACCUCUUCUUCCCCGUGGUUCUCCUCGGCGUGAUCAUGGCCGGAGGAAUCUUCACCGGCGCCAACCCAACCUUCGUAGCCCGCGAACUAGCCUACCAACUCCAAGACAGCGGCGCCACAUACCUUCUCUGCGCAAGCAACAGUCUAGAAACAGGUCUAGAAGCAGCCAAACAAGCCAACCUACCUACAAACCGCAUCUUCACCUUUGACAACUCCAUCUACGACGGCCUGACAAACCCCCAACAAGGCUGCGCAUACUGGAGCGACCUUCUUGCCUCGGAGGAAGAAGGCCGCGCCUUCCUCUGGGAAGAACUCCACACGCCAGCCCUCUCGUCCCGCACCCUGGCACUCAAUUACUCAAGCGGCACAACCGGCCGACCCAAAGGCGUCGAGAUCUCUCACAAGAACUACGUCGCUAAUAUGCUCCAGUACUGCCACACCGCAAGUCAGCAUCCAGACUACCAGGCGCGUCUUGCGCGCUCGCGCUGGCUAUGCUUCUUACCUAUGUACCAUGCGAUGGCACAGAAUAUCUUCAUUGCGGCUGCGUUAUACCGUGGGACGCCGGUGUAUAUCAUGCCGAAGUUUGAUUUUAUCAAGUUGCUAGAAUACACGCAGAAAUUCCGGAUUACAGAUUUGAUUCUCGUACCGCCGGUUGUGGUUGCAUUGGCGAAACAUCCUGCGGUCAAGAAGUAUGAUUUGAGUAGUGUGGAAACGGUUGGGAGUGGUGCUGCGCCUUUGGGGAGGGAGGUUUGUGAAGAGGUUGAGAAGUUGUGGCCUCCGGGAAAGAUUAAUAUUAAACAAGGAUGGGGAAUGACUGAGGCGACUUGCUCUGUUACCGGAUGGGUUCCUUCGGAAAUCAGUACCUCUGCAUCUGUCGGUGAGCUCAAUGCCAAUUGCGAGGCGAAAAUCAUGAUGGAUGGCAUGGAGGUGAAGGAGAGAAAUUCUCGUGGCGAGCUGUGGGUUCGUGCGCCGAAUGUCAUGAAAGGCUACUGGCGUAAUGAGAAGGCCACUCAAGAGACCAAAACGGAAGAUGGCUGGCUGCUCACGGGGGAUAUUGCCUUUGUGGAUGACCAUGGGAAAUUCCACGUUGUGGAUCGAAUGAAGGAAUUAAUUAAAGUGAAGGGGAACCAAGUGGCGCCCGCCGAGUUGGAGGCUCUGCUACUAGAACAUCCGGCGAUCUCAGAUGUUGCAGUGAUCGGAGUUAUCAGCAACAACGAUGAGCGACCUCGCGCAUAUGUAGUGCUUACACCCGGUCAAUCCGCCACCGCAAAGGAGAUCGUGCAUUUCAUCGACGACAAGGUCUCCACGUUCAAGCGGAUUACCGGGGGCGUUGUAUUCCUCGAUGCGAUACCGAAGAAUCCCUCGGGCAAGAUUCUUCGUGCCAAAUUGCGUGAACAAGCCAAAGAGGAGCUGAAGAUGGUCACCGCUAAACUUUAG